AAUGAAGUCGACAUUGGUAAUUGAAGUGUGCAAUUCCAAAGCAUUGUUAUUUACAACUGCUUUUAUGCUAUGACAUUGCUUGUACAUCAUCAACCUAUCUUGCCACAUUCUAUUUCACCCCGCGCCUGACUGGGUACCAUAUGCGAUAGCUAGAAUGGACGUCGAAAAGAACAUCAGAGACCUCAAGCCCCUUGGUGGACAAGUGGUACCCAUUCGAACAGUCCAAGAGACAAGGCCCCAAGAAGAAUUCAGCGAUGCCUUUGUCGCAGAAGUCAAUGUGAAGUCUGCAUCCAAAGUGAUCAAGGCUCUCGACACGGCUUUUCCCAAAGACGCUUCCCUUCCGCUAUCCCACCUCCGUCGCUUCGCCAAAAGAGAGUUACUCCCACCGCCGCUUAGGGCAGCGAUUGAAAGCCAGAACGUUCCUCUAGCAACCCCGACACAAACCAUCUUCGUCCUCAUAUCACCGCCAUUGCCCGAUCUCACCACACUCAAGGCUCUGCUCGCUCCAUUUGCGCCGGACACUGCACCGGCCGCUACAAACGAUCCUCCAGCUACGAAUGAAACGCCAGACGAAGCUUCACACUCCGAUCCUCCAUCACCUACUAUUCAACUUCACCCCAUCAAGAUCCCCAUCUGUCCCCCACUCAACACAACUCAAGCCGAAACAUGGACCAAGACACUUUGGCCAGUCACAUUCAACCCAGCCGCACCCCGCUCAACUGUCAUGCCGCCCCUUCAGACCCUAAAAUGCGCACAAGAAUCCAUUGAACCACGGGCAGGGUACUACCUAUCCCUAGCGCGCAAAGUAGCUGAGGAAGCAGAACAAUCCGGGCGAGGCCGUGGCGUAGGCGCAGUGAUAGUCGACCCUGCCAUUGAAAAAGAAAUAACCGAGGCAGGCUAUGAGGGCGGAUACGACACUACAGCAGAAUGGGACGAAGCAGUCCUCGCAGUUGCUGGCGAUGCGCGGUACUCCCGCUCCGAGGCUGGCGCGCCAUCCCAGGCCCAGCUGCACGCCGAAGUAGCGCCGAACCCAGUGAGCAAGACAUACAACGCGGAUGUCGAGGGCGGGCCUGAACUGCACGCGCUGAUGCGUGCUGUCGAGCUGAUUGCUCGCUGGCGCCGAGAGCACGAUCGUCUCAACGGCGUGCCUGCAUCAACGGCCACUGCAGAUCCAAAGCCAGAACUAGAACACUCGGAGCUGAGCGCCUUCGAAUCAUACUUCUUAUACCGCCACCGUCCCGGUACAUCCACCAACAUUUCAAACUCACCUCAGUCUCCGUCCUCCCCAUUGAAGAGGAAGCACGAUGACCCUAACCCCGAAUCCGACUUGACUAUCGACCCCUCUACGGACCCUUCCCAAGCCCAGCUCCAUCAUCCACCUCUCCCCGCUCCUCCCCCAUCUACCGUAGUACUUGCGGGUUCUUCUACCCCGGCUACAACACCCGCAGCCCCGCGCAUUCGCACCCGCUCUCAGGGUGGCUACCUCUGCACAGACUUGGACGUCUACCUUUCUCAUGAGCCUUGUCUGUGCUGCUCUAUGGGCAUGCUUCUCUCCCGGUUCCGGUCUGUCAUCUUCCCCAGACGUGGGAGGUUAGAGAGUGGUGGCCUGUCUUCUGAGCCGGUUGUUGGCCCUGUGGCCGAUGAGCUUGAUCGAGCUGCAGAGGCUGAUGUUUCUGCGGUCGAUGGGCAAGACGAGAGGGGGUACUAUGGGCUGCAUUGGAGGAAGGAGUUGAACUGGAGGGCUCUUGGAUUUGAGUUUGUGGAGGAUGGGGACGUGGAAGUGAAAAGCGAGGCUGGAAGGCCUGUCUUCCAUGCUUGA